UGCUGGACGAGACUGGGGAGAGGGCGAAGGAAGACAUGGAGGAGCGGCGGGGCAGGACGGGGGCCUGGAGCACCACACUGCUGCUACUGCUCCAGGGCUUUAUCGGCGUGGGCUGUAUAGACAUCCGAAUGGACUCCGAAGUAUACGGGGUUGAAGGAGAAUCGGCUAAAUUAUGGUGCGCCUUCUCCUCGAGGGACUCGACGUCUGAAUUAGUAACAGUGGACUGGAGCUAUCGCCCUCAAGCAGGAGGUCCCAUGGUCACUAUCAUGCACUACCAAUCAAAACCGUACCCCACAUCAGUUGGACCCUUCAAGGAUCGUCUAAAGUGGGAAGGGAACAUUGAAGGGGGAGAUGCUUCCAUUUUGUUGGAGGAUCUGAAACUCACAGAUAACGGCACCUUCACAUGUACAGUCAGAAAUCCACCAGAUGUCCACGGGAACUUACCACAGAUGAAACUGACAGUAACCUUGGAAAGUGUCACCUUUAAGUUCACCACAGUCAUAUUGCUGUCCUCUUUGGUGUUCAUCCCCUCUGCUUUGGUCUGCAUAAUACUGCUGAUAAGGAUGAAAAGAGCGAUCAAGAGAGACCGGUUGAGGAUCCAGAAAGUGAAGAAGUCUCCUAUUGAAGAAUCCCAAGAUUGUGUAUAUAAUGAAAAUGAGAGAGCUCCGCUCCAUCGUAGUUCAUCUGUGGAGAAGCCCCCCGGCUGUCUGGUGAGGCUCUGUCUGAGUUGUAUGCGUUGUAUAGAUGACGAUGACUAUGACUACACAGCAGACAAGAAGAGUCUUGUGUGAAUGGACACCUAUGGAUGCCACAUGAAGAUGACAUCCAAGCUUGAGUCAUGUGAAGGAGGUUACGAAUUAUACAGGAUUCUGUGGACUUUGUAUUAUCCUGAAUUUUAAGUGUCUUUUAGUACGACUGCACAGUAUGGAUUAUAUUUAUUGUGUGUGAAUUUUAACAUGUAAUUUACCUGAAAAAUAAGACUUUCCAAAGUAUUGGUGUAACAUAAAGUUACCAGUUUGCUAGUAACACCCAGACAUUGUUAUAUACCAGAAGUAUUCUUUUACAUUUUGUAGCUUGAUGCUGUAAUGGAGUGGGUGUCCUGGAUUCUACAAGUGAGGGCCUAUCGUAAGGUAAAGCCAUCACUAUCUGAUCAGUGUGGGGGGGAGGGAUCGGGGAAUCGGGAUCUGACACCCAGCACCCCCGACAAUCUGCUGUUCUGCACUAGCUCCAUCACCAGAACUUCACAGCGCCAUCCAUUGUGUAGUGGACAGAGCUGGUUACUGCAGCUUGCAUUGAAGUGAAUAGGAGCACAGAACCAGCUCCAUCCAAUACACAAUGUGUAGUUCCAGCACUGACUUCCGGCAGCGGAGCUAGUGCAGGACAGCUGAUUGGCCAUGCUGUGUAGUGCCGAUCUGAGGAUACGCCAUCAUUUGUAAAACCCUGGACAACCCCUUUAAAGGGAAUGUGAUCAUAGUUCUUCCAGUUAAAACUAGAUAGUGAUAUAUUCUAUUUUUCGAAUCUGUUUUUAUUUUCGGAUUGUUGAUUUUAUUUUUAUUUUUUUAUACUAUUUUCUAAACAUGAUUAUGGUGGGAGAAGGGGACAUCUUGCCUGAGCUGCUGUUAACAGCAUUCAGGGAUUUUCUAUGCAGCUGCCACAUGGACCAUAGACACAGUAGUCUGGAGGGGAUUCAUUAAUAUCGAAGGGAGAGUAUCUUAAAGUGUAACUGCCAUUCUAUUUUUAUUUGUGUAAUGUAUAGGGGCAGUGAUACUGACCAUUUUUGUAAUAUACUUUAAUUACUGAAAUCAUACAUUUCUAUUAGAAAAUAGCUCUAAAAUCGCCCAUUUUGAGCCUUAGCAAUGCUCCUCUGUCUUCUGUUUACAUAACAAUGGAGACUUGCUAACACUGAAUGUAUUAUGUAAACGGAAGAUAGAGGAGCGUUGCUAAGGCUCAAUAUGGGCCACUUUAGAGCUAUUUUUCUAAUAGAAAUGUAUGGUUUCAGUAAUUAUAUUACAAAAAUGGUCGGCAACACUGCCCCUACACAUUACACAAAUAAAAAAUGGAAUAUCAGUUACACUUUAAAGCCCCUUUACGUGGCCCGAUGUAGCAAGCAAAGGUUGGGAGGGGAAGAAUUCCUUCCUGACAAUUGCCUACUUGUCAGUGGAGGAGACCACUGCAUUUAUGUGCAGUGAUCUCCUCCACUGUAUAGGGAGAGGUGAUCACUAAUGUCAUCGCUUGUCCCCAUACAGAAUCAUUGUUUACCGGUAGGAAAGGCUGUUUAGAGAGCAUGAUCUGCUGCCGGCAAAUGAUUGUUACCCGUUGAACGAGUAUUUCGUUUCACCUUUACACAGGAAGAAUAUCGCCAACGAGCAUCUGUACAGGCGCUCAUUAGCGAUAAUCUGACUGAACAUUGCGCAAUGUAAAGGGCCCUUUAUGCACGUUUUGUGACCUGUGCAGAGGUCAUUGUACAGGGAGGGAGUAGAUAGGCUGUGUUAUUACAUGUUGUGUAUCGUGUAUUAUCUAUCGGUCUAUCUGUCGCUUACCUGUCAUUGCAAUGCUGCCUUGUCUGUGAUGAUAAUGAGAUGACUGCUGAUUAGUGAUCUGUCCCUAAAUAGAUUUGUUGGCCUGUUAUUAGGACUAGUGCAAAAACUGCAGGAUUUUAGCAGGAGCUCCGUACAGUAAUAGAAUGUAUGGGCUCCAAUGAGCCGAAGUUAUUACGUCGCAAGACUUUUUAAAUUAUUUUGUACUGUAAAAAAACAUUUCCCGAACUCUGGUUCGGUUCCAAGUGGUACCAUGCAAGUUAAGCAUCUAAUCUUUAGCCGUUCUCCAGCCAAAGAUGGAAGGUGCCAGGAAAAACUGAACACCAGUUAAUUUUUUACCAGGAACUGGCAGAACGUCUUGAAGACCGAUAAAUAAGUGUCAGUUUUUGGCGUGCUACUUGGCUGAAAGAUAGUUUCUGUUUAUAUAUAAGGGGUUAUCACAGGAAGACUUACUACUGAGACCCUAUGUAAUUAGGUGGUAUUACCUACAAAACUACAGAGAGUACAAAUUAUCGGUUAUGGCUAAUAGAACAGAUUCCUAUUUAAGAUUAGCGAAAUUGGGCAUGUUCCUCCCCCACCCCCACCCCCCUGGAACAGCGCCAUCCUUGUCCAUAGACCAUGUCUGGUAUUGUUACAGCCUGUUACAAGGAUGUAACGCUGUUACAGAAAAAGAAAGCCGGACCCCUGUGAUAUGUAAAAGUGUGGUUUGCUUUCUCCCGAUGUUCUAAUGGAUCCGAGCGUACGUUGCACUAAUCCCUCCUAUUUGUAUGUUCCACUGAUGUAUGAACUUCACAAAAAGUGUAACUUUUUAUAAACUUUAAUCAGAUGAAGAAUUUUAUUUAUCUUGAUAACUUGUUUCUGCUGCUAUGGUGUGUAUAUAAAGUCUUCUGCAUUCAUUAUAUAUGCUUUUAUAUUGCUACAGUGAUUAAAUGCU